CAACAUGAGUUCUUAAAACUGAAAAGCGAGAAGCGGAGAAAAGAAAAAGAAAAUCAAUGCAUACAUAGAAAAUAAGGAUUUACUAACAUAUAUAUAUAUACAUUGACAAUGUAAAAUAUGAUUAUACUACGGGUUUAUUUAGAUUGUAAUAACAAGUUGCCUGCCAUAUUUCUCAUGUUAUUGAUUCCACUUAUUAUGAACAAGUAUUUAUAAUUAUCUUUUCAGUGAUUUUAAUGUAUAAUGGUGUAAAUACUCCGGAAACAAAUAUUGGCAUUUAUAACCUAUUUAACACGUGUUUAACUCAUUUUAUUUGAAUAAGCUAAAUUAAUAUGCCAUCUAAUGGAGUACACAACAACAACAUGAAGACGCAGCAAGAUUAUUCUGAAAAUGACCAGCCUGCCGGCUAAUUUCUCGUCACUUUCAUCAACUUUCCUCUAUUUCUCAAGAUAUUUUCUUUUAGUUUUUACUCAGCCUGCAGUGUGUUCAUUUCCUUCUCUGUUCUCCAUUUGUCUUCUGUUUGUUGGAUUUGAUCAAGAAUUCAUGACCUUGUCUUGAAUAUGUCACAAUUCGUAGUCGGUUAGGUUAAGUUUCUAAAAUCUAUUUAUUUCGAAAAGUGACUUUUAGUCAGAAGUGUUUUCUAAAGAAGUACUUUUAGAGCUUAGAAGUUUAUGUUUGGCUAAUCAGUUUGAAAAACACUUUUGUUAAUAUUAGAGCAACAACUUGGCCAAGUUACCAAAAGUCUUCCGGAAAAAAGCUACCGUUUUCGGCUUCUAUUAUUACUCAAAAGAACUUAUUUAUUCCUAAAACCUCGGCCAAACACCUCUCUGACUUUUAGCUUCCCAAAAGCUUGACUAAACGGGCUAUCAGGCAUCAAGAUAAUUAUAACUAUUUGAGAAACUUGAAAAGAUAUUGCAGCUUAUGGGGUGUGCUCAAGCAAAACCUGCGAUGGAUUCGCCGCCUCGGGGAUUAGAGAAGUUGAAGUUGGAGAAUGGAUAUGCUGCUAGAGGUGAUCAACAAGUUAGGCCAAGGAGGUCUACUGGACAGAGGCUUGAUCAGCCAAAGGAGAAAAAUAUUCCUGAUUAUGGUGAUGAUAGGAGACUACUGAGUGAUGGAAAAAGAGAUAUAAUUAAUGAAAGGAAUUUGGUGAUCACAAGUGAAGGGGAGACAAAAACUAAUAGUAGUGACAGUGGUCUUGUAGCUGAUGUUCCUAGGAAAAUUAGCAAGACAAUAACUGAGGAUGAAGAGUUAAUAGAUGGAUGGCCAAAAUGGCUAGUUGAUAAUAUUCCAAGAGAAGUUCUGGCUGGUUUAGUCCCAAAAUGUGCUGAUUCUUAUGACAAAAUUGACAAGGUAGGUUCAGGGACUUAUAGCAACGUGUAUAAAGCGCGAGAUAGGGAUACUGGGAAGAUUGUGGCCUUAAAGAAAGUUCGUUUUGAUACCUCGGAACCGGAGAGUAUAAAGUUCAUGGCACGAGAGAUUAGGAUCUUGCAGAAAUUGGACCAUCCAAAUAUCAUAAAGCUUGAAGGGCUGGCUACUUCCAGAAUGCAAUAUAGUCUUUAUAUAGUUUUCGAAUACAUGCAAUCUGAUCUCACCAGCAUAAUAUCUCGGGCUGAUAUGAGGCUCAAUGAAGCACAGAUAAAGUGUUAUAUGCAGCAGCUGCUCUUGGGGCUGCAGCAUUGCCACGAGAGGGGUAUUUUGCACCGAGAUAUUAAGGGAUCUAAUUUGUUGAUUGACAAAGAUGGGAUGCUAAAAAUUGCUGAUUUUGGACUUGCAAACUUCUUCAAUACUGGAAAAAAGCGUCCUCUUACAAGUCGAGUUGUCACACUUUGGUAUAGAGCUCCAGAGUUGUUACUAGGUGCUACAGAUUAUGGGAUAGGUAUUGAUCUUUGGAGUGCAGGCUGCCUCAUGGCUGAAAUGCUUGCAGGCCGGCCUAUUCUGCCUGGUCGCACUGAGGUGGAGCAGCUACACAAGAUAUUCAAGCUGUGUGGUACACCUUCAGAAGACUACUGGAGGAAAACAAAACUUUCAACUACCUUCAGGCCACCAUAUACCUACAGGUCUAGCAAGAAAGAAGCUUUCAGGCACUUUCCUGUAUCUUCUUGGAGGCUCCUAAAUGUUCUUCUUGCGCUAGAUCCUGCAAAUCGCAGUUCUGCUGGUUUAGCUCUCCAAGACGAGUUCUUUCAUUCAAGUCCCUUGGCAUGUGAACUCUCGGAGCUGCCUGUAGUCUAUAAGGAGGAUCCUGAGGCAGUGUUAAAGCUUGAGAGGAGAAGGCACAGGACUCGACAACGCUCUCAAUCACAAAAGGAACGCAAAAAGAAAGUAAUAGAUUCGGAGGAAACAAAACCAGAUACUGGUGGCUCUAAUGAGGAGCCAAUAAAGAGUAGAAUUUCAACAGUCAUUAGCCUACUAGAGCCAGGAAGUAGCACUACUACUACUACAACAAGCACAUCCUCAAGUACUUCAAAGCCAACUGAGAAAGUAGAGAGUCCUCAGGGUUCACCAAGAAGUACUGAAUCUCAUCCUGAUGCUACUAGGAACAUCAAGAAUAAUAGACCUCCAUUGCCAAAUGCUAGAAGAAGCAGAGCUAGUAAGUUCAGCAGCAGCAACAACAACAAGGAGGCGAUGAACAAAUUGAGUAAAGUCCAAAGGUCUCAAUCCACCAAACAUUUCCGAGAUCUUGAUAAUAAAAAAUUCCAUAAGCUUCAUGAUCUUGUUGACUAAAUCGCUUACAACAUGUUAAAUUACGCUGAUAGUGUAAAAGUUCUUUAUACUGCCAGUGUACAUAAGUCUUUUCUUCUAAGAUUUGGCUGGCAACUUAACGAUCGGGUAAAUAAAUUGUGGUCUAUGUUAACCGUUACGCAUUCCAUUGGUGUAUUAUGAAACAAGACACAUUGUCUAAUAAACAAGUAUUUUGAGGUUAUGCUAUUCUUAAACAUCAGAGUAUUAGACAGAUAAAGACCUGCAAAAAAAUAGUUUUUGACUUUACAUUUUCAACAAUGUGUUUUUUUAAAUAUCUGAUUGUAAAAUGCUAUGCCGCAGUUUCACAUAUAGGGAGUUCCGAACAAAUUAAUGUAAAUUCAAACUUUGCAACACUUGGCCUAGUUCUAUUGAAGUAGCCUGUCCACA